AUGGAACCUGGCAAGCAAAGCUGGCACACUGGUGAGCUCUCUAUGUUCCACAUGCUAAAACAGACUACUACUAAAGUUCUGCUUGUGCUCUACUUACUGGAGUUCGCCGAAUCGGUUCACAAGAAACAGCUGAAAAUCCCUGGUCGGUCCGCCACGGACACUACCAAAUUUGUCAAUAAAUAUGGUGCUAGUAUAAAGGAAAUGCUCCAGUUUCCCCGGGAACGUCUUCUUCACUAA